AAGAUGUUCGACCUGAGGACGAAGGUUAUGAUCGGCAUCGCUGGCAGUUUGCUGGUUGCUGCAAUUAUGCUGAUAACCGUUGUCCUCUGCCUUUACUUGGAAAUAGCCAAGGCACUGAAAACUGCAAAAAGAACACGUGCUGCUGAAAAGUCUAUUGAUCCGUGCAAGGACACUCAGGACAAGAUCAGCCCAGCCAAAGGCAAUACUUCUGGGUCUUCUCAUAACCUCCAGUACUGUGAUGACUGUAGCAUCUACGCAGAUGUUGACCCCCUGCCACCUUGUUUUUGUGGCAAAACUGAGGGUCUCUGA